GACGCUUGCUUUCCGACAGGCAACUGGUGCUGUGGCCUCGUGUCCUUGUGUUGGCGCAACUGUGUGACGCGCUGACGAGUCAUCAGCCAAGGAGGGAGCAGAGGGAUUUGGGGAAAUCGGGGUUCGACUCGGACGGCGACGGCGCGAGUCAGCGAAUCCCUACUUCCUUCGAUCACUUUGCGGGAUGAGAUGCGCAAUGACCAGAUAGUCGCUCCGCCGGUGCCCCUCGUUACGGGAGACAAAACGGCCAUUUUUCUGCUUUAUUUAUAUAUUUCGGACAAUUUGAAUGGAUUUAGUUCAAUUUCAGUGAACAAUUUGGCACAUCAGUAGCAUGGCUCUAUGGGAGGUCGUAUCAGUCCACCAUUUUGGUGUGCAAUACCUCACCAACUAUUGGAUUGGUUUCCAUGAAAUAUUGUACCCACGUGUGUGCUGCUUAAAAGAAUGAAUCCUGUAGACCAUUAGCACCCAUGGUCCGCUCAUAAGCUGUUGGCAUGUUAGCAUUCUGCCGUUAGCAUUCAGCUAAAGGGGCAGCUGUCGUGGGUGAACCUCACAGAGCCAACCGCCGUGGUUGUAAAAUCCUUCUCACCUCGACUCGGAACCUCGAUCGUCGAAUUCAAUUAACGAUGGUGACUGUCUGGUCAUCUGGCGAUUUAUGCCCACCUUGUUUGAGCAAGCAGUGGUUGUGCCGAUGCUUGCCGCCUCCAGCUUGGCGCUUUGUCUGCUGCACAGAAGCGGGAGCAGAGGGGAGAGAGACCGAUGGGAAGAAUCCGGAGCCCGGGGCGUUACGGGCUGUGGUGGCUCGGGAAGCGAGCCCCACCUUGAAAGGGUCAAACCAACCGCAGCCGGGUGGGGUCGGGGUAAAAGAGCAGGUGGAGUCCGGUAACUCCGCUGUAAAGGAGGAGGGCCCUUGCCUGCCCCCACCGACUGAUGAUGACGACGAUGCUGCAGCCACUACCCCGUCCCCGACACCCCGAGCAGAGGACGCCAAUUCGCUCAAGAAACUGUCAAUUGAGCUGCCUAAUGAUAGCGUGCCGGCCAUGGGGAGAAAAGACUCAGUGUGGUCUCUGGGAGAGGGCCAGGGCCCCGAGGACCCCGACAAGCCCAUCGACAGCCCGCCGCGGUCCACCCUGUUGAUAGAGAGCCCCCAAAGUGCCGUUAUCCUCGUGGGUGGAGACAUCUCCUUUGUCGCCAAGGUGGAGGCCAAAGAUCUCCUCCGCAAACCCACGGUCAAGUGGUUCAAAGGAAAGUGGAUGGAUCUGGCCAGCAAGACGGGAAAGCACUUGCAGCUGAAAGAAACCUUUGACCGAUUAACCAAGAUACACACGUUCGAGAUGCACAUCGUCAAGGCCAAAGACAACUACGCUGGAAACUACAGGUGUGAGGUCACCUACAAGGACAAGUUUGACAGCUGCUCCUUUGACCUGGAAGUGAAAGAAGCUGAACAGGGCUCACAGAAUAUUGAUAUUCGAUCAGCUUUCAAAAGAAGCAGUGAAGGACAAGAGGAUGCAGGGGAGCUUGACUUUAGUGGUCUCCUUAAACAUAGGGAGCCCAAACAGGAGGAUGACACCCCAGAGGUGGACGUGUGGGACAUCCUGAAGAACGCCCGGCCGGACCAGUACGAGAAGAUCGCCUUCACCUACGGCAUCACGGACCUGAGGGGCCUGCUGCGGAGGAUGAAGAAGAUCCCGAAGGAGGUGAAGAAAAGCGAAGCUUUCGCAAAGAAACUGGAUCCGGCGUACCAGGCGGACAAGGGCGGGAAGAUCCGCCUGGUGGUGGAUCUGGCCGACCCCACGGUGGACCUGAAGUGGUACAAGAACGGACAGGAGAUCAGAUCCUCUCCCAAGUACAUUUUUGAGCAUAAGGGCACACAAAGGAUCAUGGUUAUCAACAACUGCUCCAUGAACGAUGACGCAGCAUAUUCCGUGGCUGCUGGAGACGAAAAAUGCUCGACGGAGCUGUUUGUCAAAGAGUUGCCCGUGAAGAUAGUUAAAGACAUUGAGGCGGUGAAGACCACAGUGAACGAGAGGGUGGAGCUGGAGUGCGAGGUGUCAGAGGAAGGCGCUCAAGUCAAAUGGAUGAAGAACGGCGUCGAGGUUCCGACCGGCGUGCGCUCCAGAUACCGGGUCAAGUGCGAGGGAACCAAACACUUCCUGGUGAUCGACGACGCCUCCAGGGAGGACACCGGGACCUACUCCGUCAUGGCCACCGGCGGCACGUCUGAAGCUCACGUGCAGGUCGACCUGAAACCGUUGAAGGUGUUCCGGGACCUGGAGGAUGUGAAGGUCUUGCUGGGUCAGCCCAUCAAGCUGCAGUGCGAGAUUUCCCCGGGCAACGUGCCGGGCCGCUGGUACCGGAACGGCCAGCUGAUCCAGCCCAACGACCGCAUCAACAUCGUACACCGGAAUAAGGUUCAUCGCCUUGAGAUCGCGGCCGGCUCCCUCCACGACGCGGGGGACUACACUUUCGUUCCCGAGGGAUACUCACAGAGCCUCUGCUGCAAACUUCACAUCUUCGACCCACCGAGGGUGCAUUUGGACAGCAUGAACUUCCCGGACAACACAGUGACAAUCGUGGCGGGAAACAAGCUUCGCUUGGAGAUCCCCAUCAGUGGAGAACCGGCCCCCAGGGUGGUGUGGAUGAAGGGGGAGAGGGUGAUCCUUGAGUCCGGCAAUCGCGUCCGCGCUGAGACGUGCGGCGACCAGACCAGCCUGACCAUUGACGUCACGGAGCGGGAGGACAUUGGCAACUACAAGAUCGUCCUGCAGAACGAGGCCGGCGAAGCCACGGCCAGCGUCAAAAUCAAGGUCGUGGACAUCCCCGACCCUCCGGAGGCUCCGUUGGUCCCCGCAGUGGGCGGCGAUUGGUGCUCAAUGAUAUGGGAACCGCCCAAAUACGAUGGGGGUUCACCGAUAUUAGGUUACUUCAUCGAGAGAAAGAAGAAACAGAGCUCCAGGUGGAUGCGACUCAACUUCGACCAGAUCAAAGAGACGUCGUUCGAACCCAAGAAGAUGAUCGAGGGGGUGCCGUACGAGGUGCGCAUCUUCGCAGUCAACGCCAUCGGCGUGUCCAAGCCCAGCGAGCCGUCCAAAGCCUUCACUCCCCUCGCCGUGACCAGCGAGCCCACCAUGCUGGUCGUGGACGACGUCACCGACACAACGGUGACCGUGAAGUGGCGUCCUCCUGAGACCAUCGGAGCUGCCGGUCUGGACGGAUACCUGGUGGAGUACUGCGUCGAAGGAACGGAUGACUGGAUCGUUUCCAACCACGGGCUGACGGAGAAGACCAAGUACACCAUCACUGGGUUGACCACUGGGAGCAAAAUCUUAGUGAGAGUCAAAGCCAUCAAUGCCGCCGGAGCCAGCGUCCCACGGACCACUCAGCACUCUGUCCUGGUCAAAGAAGUCAUCGAACCACCGAAGAUCCGCGUCCCGCGACACCUGAAGCAGACGUACACCCGCAGAGUGGGAGAAGCGGUCAACGUCGUUGUGCCGUUUAUGGGAAAACCCAGGCCCAAGGUCACGUGGCUGAAAGAGGGCGCGGCGAUCGACCCGACCCACGUCAACAUCCGCAACACGGACUGCGACAGCAUCGUCUUCAUCCGUAAGGCAGAGCGCAGCCACUCCGGGAAGUACGAGAUGGCCGUGCAGGUUGAAAACCACGUGGACACUGCCGUUCUGGACAUACAAGUCGUAGACCUACCUGGGCCUCCUCAGUGUGUGAACAUUGAAGACGUCUGGGGAGGAAACGUGGCUCUGGUCUGGACUCCUCCAAAAGACAACGGCAACGCCCAGAUAACAGGCUACACCAUCCAAAAGGCAGACAAGAAGACAAUGGAAUGGUACACGUGCAUAGAGCAUUACCAUCGCACCUGCAUCACCAUCCCAGAGCUGGUGGUGGGGAACGAGUACUUCUUCAGGAUCUUUGCGGAGAACAUGUGUGGCCUGAGCGAAACUGCCACCCAAACCAAGAAGAGCGCGCUCAUCGUCAAAGAAGGCAUGCAGUUGAAAAAGCACGACUACAGCGACCACGAUUUCAUGGAGGCGCCGAGGUUCACGCAGCCGCUGAUCAACACUUUCGCCAUCGCCGGCUACAACGCCACUCUCAACUGCAGCGUCCGAGCCAACCCGAGGGCCAAAGUGAUCUGGAUGAAGAACAAGAUGGCGAUCCUCGACGACCCGCGCUACCGCAUGUUUAGCAACCAGGGGGUGUGCACCCUGGAGAUCAGGAAGCCCAGCCCCUAUGACGGCGGCAUGUACACCUGCAAGGCCAUCAACGACCUGGGGGAGGCCCAGGUGGACUGCAAGCUGGAGGUCAAAGUCCAAACUCAAGAAUUGUGAAUGUAUGUUCUCAUAUAAGGCGGCUUCACCUUCUACGAACUUAUGAAACGCGGAGUUCCCCUACACCUGAUUGACAAGUACAUAAACGAGAAGACUGUCGAGCAAGAGAAGUAAAAACCGGAUGUAGAGACACUUUUGCAGGCACCUGCCACUGAUGGUUAUCCUCUGAGCGGCCUGAAGGUUGGAUGGAGGCACGGCGGAGCCAUGGCGAGACUGUUCUGUGGUGUGGCGUGCUGUGUGCAAGUUUGGAGCUAAAACUAUAGAAAUAAAAAUAAUCCAGGUCAUUAUUUUUCUCACCCUCUUGUGUUCUGGUGUUUGGGUUCUAGCUUUGAAUACAUGUAGUGUGUAAAAAAAAAAAAAAACAUAUACAAAGCCCAUAUAGCACAGUGACACAGUAUUUUACAUUUUGAUUCUUGUUGGGUGUUUGCUGAAGGAGAUAAUUUAUUUCUGGGGUCUAAAGAAAGCUGAAGGGGGAGUGUUUAAACAAUGUGUUUGUGUGUCAAAUAAGUGAAAUAAUGUAGAGGGUUACACACAGUCCAUACUCUGCACGACACUAUGCUUUUUGGAUUCACUUUGGACUUGAGGUUUGAUUGAUGCUCAUGCAUUGAUGCGCAUGCAUUUACCUUUGUAAUUAAGACCCACACGUUACAAUAAAAAAUACGUUGUGUAAAAUGUGA